AUGGGACAACGAUACGUGAUUCGAGAAGCAAAGACAAAAGAAGAGCUGGAUGAGAUAACAAACGUUAUUUGGGCUGCAAACUACACACCUUACGAGCCGUUUAUGCAACUCUUCUUUCCGGUUCUUGGCUACACAACGGCUCAUCGCGAAGCUGCCAUCGCUGAAUCGAAACAACGCAUCUGGACGCAGCACCAAGCCGACAACGCCAGCCAUUGGUUCUACGCUUUCGAUACAGUCACCAAAAAGACUGUUGGUUGUUCGCAAUGGGUAAUUUCGACAUCCAACCCAUUUGUCGCAGGCAUACCAAAGUUGACCGCGCCUUGGUGGCCCGAAGGCGAACAUCGGAGGUUCUCACUCAAUUGGAUGGCGGUGAAUCCCGCUCAUAGAAAUCGUGGCGUUGGCUCUCUUCUCAUGCAUGUUGGCAUCACACGCGCUGACGGGCUUGACCUCGAAUGUUGGAUGGAAGCAUCUAGCAUGGGCAAGCCGCUUUACGACAAAUUCGGUUUCCAGUCUCUGUUGAAGGUUGCUUUUGACAACGAAGACUCGGAGGCAAGUGAUGAAUGGAGGAAGUGCGCGCAUGAGAUGACACCUGCGCCAAUCUUUGCCAUGUGGAGACCGAAGAAAUCUAACGGGGCGACUUCUCAAGGAGGCUUUAAUCUGCCAUGGGCGUUAGGUACUCAGUGA